AGCAUGGGCUCCCCAGGGGCCGUGGUGGGCUGGGGGCUUCUGGAUUACAAAACGGAAAAGUAUGUGAGGACCCGGAACUGGCGGGUGGGCGCCUUGCAGAGGUUGCUGCAGCUGGGGGUCAUGGUCUACGUGGUGGGGUGGGCCCUCCUCGCCAAAAAAGGCUACCAGGAGCAGGACCUGGACCCCCAGAUUUCUGUCAUCACCAAACUCAAAGGGGUUUCCGUAACCCAGAUCAAGGACCUGGGGAACCGGCUGUGGGAUGUGGCUGACUUCGUGAAGCCACCACAGGGAGAGAACGUGUUUUUCUUGGUGACCAAUUUCCUUGUGACGCCAGAACAAGUUCAGGGCAGAUGCCCAGAGCACCCCUCCAUCCCGCUGGCUAGCUGCUGGGCCGACCAGGACUGUCCUGAAGGGGAGACAGGGACCCACAGCCACGGCAUAAAAACGGGCCAGUGCGUAGUGUUCAACGGGACCCACAGGACCUGUGAGAUCCGGGGCUGGUGCCCAGUGGAGAGUGGUGCUGUGCCUGUGAAGCCCCUGCUGGUCCAGGCCGAGAACUUCACGCUGUUCAUCAAAAACACCGUCACCUUCAGCAAGUUUAACUUCUCCAAGUCCAAUGCCUUGGACACCCAGGACCCAACAUAUUUCAAGCGCUGCCGCUACGACCCGCGCUCCAGCCCCUCCUGCCCUGUGUUCCGCAUCAGGGACCUCAUGGCUGCCGCUGGAGGGGUCUUUGAGGACCUGGCGCUGCUGGGCGGUGCCAUGGGCAUCCACGUCCACUGGAACUGCGACCUGGACACCAGGGCCUCUGACUGCUGGCCCCACUACUCCUUCCAGCUGCAGGAGCGGAGCUACAACUUCAGGACGGCCACUCACUGGUGGGAGGCCUCGGGUGUGGAGGUCCGAAGUCUGCUAAAGCUCUACGGGAUCCGUUUUGACAUCCUCGUCACUGGGCGGGCAGGGAAGUUCGGGCUCAUCCCCACACUCAUCACUCUGGGCACAGGAGCAGCUUGGCUGGGCGUGAUCACCUUCCUGUGUGACCUGCUGCUGUUGUACGUGGAUGGAGAAGCUCAUUUCUACUGGAGGACCAAGUAUGAGGAGGCAAAAGCUCCAAAGGUGACCGCCAGCCCUGAGCAGACAAAACUGGCAUCUGCACCCCUGCAUCUGGCUGCCCAGGCUCCUUAGAGGGGCCCCAGCGCCUGUCCCAACAGCCAGGGCUGCUACCAGGAGCUGGACACCAAAGCCUUGGCCCUGGCGCCUGCUUGCUGGCCCAUUCCUGAGGCCUGUUCCCUGCUGUCAGGGGUCGGGGCUGGGAAGGGAGGGGCCUUGCCUUGGGAACCUCAUGGAUGGAGCCCCAGCAGGACCAGGGCAGGGAGUGGGAGAAUUCCAUCCUUCAAAUCCCAGGCACACUGUCCCUACCCUGACUCUGGCCUCGGCAGGGUACCGCCCAGGGAGCAGCAGAAGCUACUAUUGCACAGAGACCUGCAGCGGAACAUGUCCCAGGGCGCUGGUCACAAGGGCUCCAGCUGUGUCUGGAGAACUCUCUCCUAGCUCUGUCACCAGGGCUUCCAGCAGCGGCUCACUCACCAGUGGUCAGCACAGACCCUCCACUGGCUGUGCAGGCUCUAGCCCUCUCCCCUGGCAGCACCCCCAUUGUAGGUAGAGCCCCCACCCUCUCA